GGCGGCCCAAGCGUAAUAGUGGUGGUGGUGUCUGCUGUUAUUGCUGACAGGAGACGGCAAGAGCCAUGAGGAUUACAGGCACCGUCCUCCACUUGCUUCUUAUGCAUCUCAGCUCCUCUCACAUCACGCACUGGACAUACAAAGAAGGAGAGCUGGACGAGGAGCACUGGGGAAGACACUUUGCCGACUGUGCUGGCAAGCACCAAUCUCCCAUUGAUAUUCAGAAGAGGAAGGUAAGGUACAACCCGCAGUUGAUGGAGCUGGAGCUCAGUGGUUACGACGGACCCUUGCAAGGGAAUUUCACCAUGACCAACAAUGGGCACUCGGUCCAGAUUGAUUUGCCGCCCACCAUGCGCAUCACCAAAGGACUCCCAAGCCGCUUCACUGCUGUCCAGAUGCACCUUCACUGGGGCGGGCUGGACCUGGAGACCAGUGGUUCUGAACACACCAUAGAUGGCAUGAGAUACUUUGCAGAGCUGCACAUUGUCCAUUACAACUCUGGCAACUACUCAAGUUUUGAAGAAGCAAAAGACAAGCCGAAUGGGCUGGCCGUGCUUGCUUUCCUAUACGUGGACGGACAUUUUGAGAACACCUACUACAGCAAAUUCAUUUCCAACCUGGCCAAAAUCAGAUAUGCAGGGCAAUCGAUGAGGCUCACAUCACUGGAUGUCCAGGGCAUGCUGCCAGAAAACCUCUCACACUUCUACAGGUACCCAGGCUCACUGACUACACCACCAUGCUCCGAGAGUGUCAUCUGGACCGUCUUUGAUUCUCCCAUCAUCCUGUCACCCACACAGAUUAAGCUGCUGGAGAACACCUUGCUGGACUGGCAAAAUAAAACCCUGCGAAACGACUAUCGGCACGCGCAGCCCCUCAACGACAGAGUGGUGGAAUCCUCCUUCAAAGCUAAAGUGGAGCAAGAAAUCUGUCACCUAGAAGAACUCAGCUUGAAACUGGAGCAAAUACAGGCUCAGCUCCAGGACGUGAAGAAGCAUCUGUUAGGGGGAGUGCACCUGAGGGGUGCUCAAUCUAGUGCUUUCCCAGCGUUCUUCUUCCCCGCUGACAACAUCGAGAGCUACGUGAAUGUCCGGCCCCGCCAUGUCAUGACGCUCCACUCCUUCACCUUGUGCUUCUGGAUCCAAACCCAGAACCGUGGGAGUCAGACUGUUCUCUCCUAUUCCACCCCAGAGAGUGACAAUGAGCUGGUGGUGACCGUGGGGUCAGACGUGGGGCUGUGGGUUGGGGGCCAUUUUAUUAACUUCUUCCUGCACCAUAGGUCUGAGGAGUGGCUCCACUACUGUGUAUCCUGGACAUCCCACUCUGGGACAGCAGAUCUGUGGAUUAAUGGAGCAGUAGGGAGGGAGAAGAGUAUCCAGAAGGGGUACGUGAUCCAGGCCGGAGGGACUCUUGUCCUCGGGAAGGACAGAGACAAUCUUCUUGGGAUCUUCUCCAACAGGUUCAUAGGCCGGAUGAGUCAUGUGAACCUCUGGAACAAGGUUCUUAGUCACGCCGACAUUCGAGCGCUUGCUCUAUGCAAACGCAACGAGCUGAGAGGAGACGUCAUCAGUUGGGGGGAGACCCCCAUGAGUGUCUCAGGAGGAGUGGUGCUGGAGACAGAUUCCAGUUGCCAUUGA